GGACUCCCCGGGGAGUCGGCAGCAGCCGCGGGCCGGGAGCGAGCGGCAGCCGCGGGCCGCCCGCCCCCCUCGCCGCCCGGCGCUCCCUCCGCGGGCGCUGCCGAGGCGCCCGGCUCCCGGGACGGGGCACGGCCGUCCCCCCCGCCCGCUUCCCUCGGCGUCCUCGCCAGGGACCCGGGACCCGCACCCGGACGAGCUCCCGAGGCCGUGGGGCUGCUGGCGGCCCCCGGGAGGCUCCUCGGCCGCCGGGGCUUGCAUCGCCGCUUCGCCGACGCCCCCCGCUCUUAGCCUCUCUGCGACCGGCGGCUCCCAUGGCUCUGAGCAAAGGGCUGCGGCUGCUCUGGAAGCAGGAGCCGGGGCCGAGCGCCCUGCUGGAGGCGCGCACCCGCCAGGACUGCCUGUUGCUGGAGGCCGGCACCGUGGCCGCGCUCACUCCAGAAGAAAAGGAUGCAAUUAAAGGGCAAUAUGAAAAACUCAUGGAUGCUUAUGGCUGCUUAGGAGAGCUUCAGCUUAAAUGUGGUAACACUCGACUGCACUUUCUGGUCCUGGUGACAGGCUGUACAUCAGUGGGAAAAAUCCUGGAUGCAGAAGUUUUCAAAAUUACUGCAACAGAUUUCUGUCCUCUCCAGGAAGAAACCAAGGAAGAGGAGCGUGUUACUGCCUUGAAAAAAAUACUGAACUCUGGGAUGUUCUAUUUCUCCUGGCCUAAUGCGGGCUCAAACUUUGACCUGACUGUGCGGGCUCAGAAGCAGGGUGAUAACCACUAUGAAUCUGGUAACUCGUUCUUCUGGAACCAGCUAUUGCACGUGCCCUUCAAACACUACCAGGUGAACUGUUCUGACUGGCUGCUGAAAGUGGUCUGUGGUGUGGUGGACAUUCGCACUGUUUAUGCUUCCCACCAGAAGGCAAAAGCCUGCCUCAUCUCCCGCAUCAGCUGCGAGCGCGCCGGGGUCCGCUUCCACGUCCGGGGGGUCAGUGAUGAUGGACAUGUGUCCAACUUUGUUGAGACAGAGCAGACAAUUUACUUGGAUGAUGACGUCUCUUCCUUUGUGCAGAUCAGAGGUUCUGUUCCACUAUUUUGGGAACAACUGGGGCUUCAGGUGGGUUCUCAUCAUCUAAGGCUUAACAGAGGUUUGGAAGCUAAUGCUCCUGCUUUUGACAGGCAUAUGAUGCUUCUGAAAGAGCAGUAUGGAAAACAAGUGAUCGUUAACCUGUUGGGAAGCAAAGGAGGGGAGGAGGUGCUCAACAGGGCUUUUAAGAAACUGCUGUGGGCCUCUUCCCAUGCGGCAGACACUCCCAUGAUAAACUUUGACUACCAUCAGUUUGCAAAAGGUGGGAAAACUGAGAAACUGGAAAAUUUGCUGAGGCCGCAGCUGCAGUUGCACUGGGAAGACUUUGGGAUCUUCACAAAGGGCAAGAAUGUAAGUUCACGUCUGCAGACAGGUACUUUUCGAAUGAAUUGUUUGGACUGCCUGGAUCGUACUAAUAGUGUACAAUCCUUCAUUGCACUGGAGAUCCUGCUUGCCCAAUUAGAGAGCCUUGGGUUGAACUCUAAAUCUAUAACUGAGCGCUUUGUGGAAUCCUACAAAGUGAUGUGGACUCUCAACGGUCAUAAUCUGAGCAGAGUUUUUGCUGGCAAUCGUGCACUUGAGGGCAAGCACAAGGUUGGGAAGCUGAAGGACGGCGCCCGCUCUGUGUCUCGCACCAUUCAGUCAAAUUUCUUUGAUGUGGUAAAACAGGAGGCCAUUGAGCUGCUGCUUGUGGGUGACUUCUUCAGUGAGGAAUAUGCAGACAAAGGCAAGAUGCUAAUGGACCACACUGCACUGCUGGUUACUCCAAGUAUUUUGAAGGCCAUGUCAGAGCGUCAGUUUGAAUUCACGAGCUUCAAGCGUGUUCGUGUUGCCACGGGCACCUGGAACGUGAAUGGGGGGAAGCAGUUUCGAAGCAACAUCCUCGGGACCAGCGAGCUGACAGACUGGCUGCUGGAUUCUCCCAAGCUCUCUGGAGUUUCUGAGUUUCAAGAUGAUGAGAAUUGCCCUCCUGAUAUAUUUGCAGUGGGAUUUGAAGAAAUGGUUGAAUUAAGUGCAGGGAAUAUUGUGAAUGCCAGUACAACGAACAGAAAAAUGUGGGGAGAGCAGCUUCAAAAAGCUAUUUCCAGGACUCAUCGCUACAUUCAGCUGACAUCAGCACAGCUUGUUGGUGUUUGUCUUUUCAUCUUUGUACGACCCUAUCAUGUCCCCUUUAUCAGGGAUGUAGCAAUAGACACCGUGAAGACAGGAAUGGGAGGAAAAGCUGGAAAUAAAGGAGCAGUGAGCAUUCGUUUUCAGUUCUAUAGUACCAGUUUCUGCUUUAUAUGCAGUCACUUAACUGCUGGGCAGACUCAGGUGAAAGAGAGGAAUGAAGAUUAUAAAGAAAUCACACAGAAGCUCAGCUUCCCAAUGGGGCGGAGCGUGUUCUCACAUGAUUAUGUCUUCUGGUGUGGUGAUUUUAACUAUCGCAUUGAUCUAACAUAUGAGGAAGUCUUUUAUUUUCUCAAACGUCAAGACUGGAAGACACUUCUGGAAUUUGAUCAACUACAACAGCAAAAAUCCAGUGGAAAAAUUUUCAAAGACUUCCAUGAAGGGACUAUUAAUUUUGGACCAACAUAUAAAUACGACGUUGGCUCAGAGGCUUAUGAUACAAGUGACAAGUGCAGAACCCCAGCUUGGACUGACAGAGUGCUUUGGUGGAGAAAGAAACUGCCUUUCGAAAAAACAGCUGGAGAGGUCAAUCUUCUAGACAGUGACCUGAAUGGUGAAACUAAAGUCAGGCACACCUGGACCCCUGGAGCCUUGAUGUACUAUGGGAGAGCGGAGCUGCAGGCAUCUGACCACAGGCCAGUGUUAGCUAUUGUAGAAGUGGAAGUUCAGGAAGUUAAUCAAGCUGCCCGUGAGAGUGUUUUCCAGGAAGUGUCAUCUUUCCAGGGACCUCUGGAUGCCACAGUAGUGGUAAAUCUGGUAUCACCAACACCCGAAGAGAAAAAUGAUUUUCCUGAGGACUUGCGUACAGAGCUUAUGCAAAUCUUUGAGAAUUAUGGCACUAUUGUUCUGGUCAGGAUCAGUGGAGGUCAAAUGCUGGUGACAUUUGCAGACAGCAAGUCAGCCCUUCGUGUUAUGGAUAUAGAUGGUGUCAAAGUCAGAGGCAGAACAGUGAAAAUCCGGCCCAAGACCAAGGACUGGCUGAAGGGCCUUCAGGAGGAAAUUGCUCGGAAACGGGACAGCAUUGCCCCCAUGUCCCCCACAGCAAACUCCUGUCUUCUGGAAGAAAAUUUUGACUUCUCAAGUUCAGACUAUGACUCAGAAGGUGAUAUAGUGGAGGAUGAAGAUGAUUAUUUAGAUGAUGCUUUGUGUCAGGACCUGGUAGCAGACACAGCAGAAGAUAUGCCCGAGGGCUGUGGACAUUUCGCCUGCAUAGGUCAUUCAAACAAAUCUGGACAAAACCCACGGCUGUAUAAAGAUGAUACAGACUUGGCCGACCUGAAGCGGGAGCUGGCUGCAGGAGGGAGAUGCCACCGCCGGCCUCCAAGCAGGUCUCUGUCCAUUCCGACCAGGCCACGGCCACUUCAGCCACCACAGAGGCCUCCCCCUCCUGCUGGAACAUCAGGCAAGAAGUCCCCCUCAGAUGUUUCCCUCUCUCCAGGAAGCCAUUCCACCUGCUCUAUCUUGGCAACAGCAAAGCUGCUACCCGGAGCCCCUCAGCAGCCACCUAAAGUCCGGACUGGAAUAAGUAAGCCCUACAAUGUCAAGCAGAUCAAAACCACCACAGCUGAGGAAGCAGAAGAAGCAAUUAGAUGUCUUAUGGAAGCUAAAGGAGGACUGCAGGAAGAUGCACUAAAGCCUGCUCAAACUAGAAACCAAAUGUUCACCAAACCUGAGCCUCUUCCCAGCACCACAAAGUCAGUAUCAUUUCCAGGGUCCCAGGCAGGACCAGUGCUCGUGCCCCAUCGCCCACCACCUAAAGUUCCAGCUGCAAAGAAGCCAGCACCUCUGCGAAGGACCGGAGUCAAGGUGGAAAAGGCUGUGCCUACAGAAGAGCAAUUUGACCAUCAGGCAGCACAGUCUCCUUUCAGCUUGCCAGAACCCUGUCUAGAAGCUGGAGCUAUUCUUAAUCCGACCAGGAUUACUCCAGUCCCUAAACCCAGAACACCACAGCCUGGGAAACCUCAGGAGAGCAGGCAGCCCCCCUCAGCAAGCAUGGCUGAGGCCAUGGCACUGCCUCCCCAGAACGCCUCCUUUGCCCCAAAGGUGCCGCCCCGAAGAAAGAAGUCAGCUCCUGCAGCUCUUCAUCUGCAAGUUCUCCAGAGCAGUGACAACCCACUUUUCAGUGGGUUAAUGUUCAACUCCAACAACAACAAUCCUGGCUUCUGCCCCCAGACUCAGGAUGCUAGUGUCUCUGAGCAGGCAGCUCUCUCAGCUCCUACAUCCUCUGCCAGCCCAGCAAACAGCACCAUGAAGCAGCUGGCACCAGCAGAACUGAUGGCCAACCUUCAGGGCCCUCCUGCACCAGAAGGCCAGCAUCCACAGCUCUCAGAUACCAGCUGCCUUCUAGAGAACACUAAUCUUUUGGACCUGGACAUGGAUUCUUCCUGCCCUCCUUCCAUACAGGCAGCAUCAGCUACUUCUCCAGCACACACUCCAGAAAAUUCAAAACUCCCCAGCUUGAAAGAUUUCAGUCACUGGGUUACAUUUAGUGAUGAUGAGGACAGUAGUGCACUGUCAGAGGGGUUCAACAAACUGCUUGCCUUAGAGCAAAACAAAAAUACCCUGAUGAAGACAAACACCAAUUUAGAAUUGUAAAAUUUUGUCCCCUUAGAGAACCUAUAGAAAUCAUAAUUAUGAUGCAAAAUAAAAAUAAAUCUUUUGCACAGAGAUUUUUAUUUAAGGAAACAGAUCAUCUGUCCAUGCUACAUUUCAUUUUUAUGUUUAAAAAUAAAGAUACUGCCCCUGGAGGGAAGUGUAUAGGAUAUAUACAACCUAACAUUAUCUAUGGCUUGUUUGAAAGGUUCUUUAAGUUAUUUCUUUUUAUUAAUCCAUCUUAAGAUGUUAUAUUUCAUUUUAGGUACAAAUCAUAUGUAAGAACAUGUAAUGAUGUAUGGAAAAAAGAUGUUAAAACAUUUUCCUGUGAAAUUUAUAUAUUAACCAAUUUCUGUCACUUGAAAUAAAGCACCCAUACCUUGAA